UACAUUUUUGUUUACCUUUUAUUUUUUAUCGUCAUUCAUCUGAUUAAUUUUUCGUAAAAUUUCCUGAAAUUCUCGAUAAAAUGAGUGAAACAUUCAUCCAAGAAGCCCCCCAAGAGUUUGACAUUCAUGAUCAUCAAAUGCAUUUAGUAGAAACACGAGUAGAUGCCAUACAAUAUUGCAAAAAAUUGACCAUCCAAGAAGCACAAAUCCUGCAAGAUAAACUCGACGACGUAAAAGUAGUUCUUCACACCGCAGCGCCCGAAUUCAGCUCCGAUGAAAAGUUCAUUGAACCGAGGGAAGUCGCCUUUCAGAGAUUCGAUGACGAAGCCAUGCGAGAAGUCGAGAACCGGAUUCAAACAAUCAAGCACAUUAAAGAGCUGAUGAGGAAGAAAAAGGCUUCCAGUUGAGAAAAAGCGAAAUUUUGUUGAGUGAACGAGGAAUUGUACCUGGGCUGGUCUGUCAAAUAACUGUGAAUGAUAAUAUCAAAACAAAACAUUGAUUAGAGAAUAAAAGUCGACGUUUUUGUGUAAUUUUAACUGAAAUUACCGUCGUUUUUGUGUCUAAAAUGUAAUCAAGUUGUCGUUGUCCCUCGUUGCAUCUCGAAAAUAAUCAAAAUUUGACAAAGAUUCGCAAAAAUCGGAUAAAUUUACGUGAAAAAAGCAUUGUUGACGAUCCAAAAAAAAAUCCACAUCACACAAAAAUGAACGUUUUUCGCAUUCGGCGAAAAGUUGCUCUACUUACGUGUGGUCUUGUAGUUGCGAUUUUCCUCUUGUUGUAUGUCAUCAUCAACUACCAGAUCUCUUCGGAGAUGCCCAAAGUCCCGGAAAUGAGUUACAUCGAGGAACGACUGAAAAAAGCGGAGAACGAACAUCGACAGCGCGUAGAAAAAACACUGAAAAAAGAUGCUGCGGCAGCUCAUCAUCAAUCCCCGCGAGAUUGGGUGCACAUUAAACGCGGAGGACCUCGUUGCUCGUUACAAACAGACGUUACCCCAGUUGUCGAUGUGCAAAUGUUGGAAGUUUAUCGCGAAACAGAGUUCGAUAAUCCGAAUGGCGGCGUAUGGAAGCAAGGAUGGGACGUGCAAAUCACUCCAGGUCGCUUCAGUGAAGAAAACAAAUUAAAAGUUUUCGUUGUUCCGCAUUCGCAUAACGAUCCGGGAUGGAUUCAAACGUUCGACGAAUAUUACGAACGCAGUACGAAACAAAUUUUGGCAAAUAUGCUGCGACAUUUGACCGACGACGAGCAAAUGACUUUUAUUUGGGCGGAAAUUUCGUAUUUUUCGCGUUGGUUUGAAGCUCAAUCCAAAGAAUCGCAAGGCAGAGUGAAGCAAUUGUUGAAAAGGAAGCAGUUGGAGUUCGUUACCGGCGGAUGGGUGAUGCCAGAUGAGGCAAAUUCUCAUUGGUAUUCGAUCAUUGAGCAGCUGGCUGAAGGUCAACAAUGGUUGAAGAAGCAUUUGAAUGUCACACCAACUUCAGGAUGGUCUAUAGAUCCUUUUGGGCAUUCGCCAUCUCUGGCAUACGUUCUCAAACACUCGGGAUUUGAGAAUCAUUUGAUCCAGAGGACACAUUACGUCGUCAAAAGAACGUUAGCAAGGAAGCGACAACUUGAGUUCAAUUGGAGACAACUUUAUGACACGGAUGGAAGUACGAGUCUUUUUACUCACAUGAUGCCAUUUUAUUCGUAUGACGUGCCACACACUUGUGGACCCGAUCCAAAGAUUUGUUGCCAAUUCGAUUUCAAACGAUUACCUGGUUAUGGACUCACUUGUCCGUGGCAUGUUCCGCCUCAAGUAAUCACGGAUCAAAAUGUUGCCCAACGAGCUGCUUUAGUGAUCGAUCAAUGGAAGAAAAAAGCCGAGUUAUAUCAAUCAAAUUCCGUUUUAAUCCCCUUAGGCGACGAUUUUCGUUACAGCCAAAGCACCGAAUGGGAAGCGCAACGACAAAAUUUCGAAAAAUUAUUCGAAUACAUUAACGGCGAACCAACUUUAGGAGUCGAAGCUAAAUUUGGAACACUCCAAGAGUACUUUGACUCGGUAAGACGCGAUCAAAGCCUUUCCGAAUUCCCUUCGUUAAGCGGGGAUUUCUUCACGUACGCCGAUCGGGAUGAUCAUUACUGGUCCGGGUAUUACACAUCGCGUCCUUAUCACAAACGAAUGGAUCGUGUCUUGUUGAAUUACAUUCGUUCUGCCGAAAUGUUGCAUUCCUGGUCGAAAUGGGAAACAGAAGCUGGUUUUGAUAAACUUUUAACUGCUGCUCGUCGUGAACAUUCGCUUUUCCAGCAUCAUGAUGGCAUCACGGGUACCGCAAAAGAUCACGUUGUUGUCGAUUACACGACGCGCAUGGAAGAGGCCAUCAAAAAUUGUCGUCAUGUCAUCCAGCAGGCAGCUUUUCGCUUAUUGACAACGGAAAGUAUCUACCAAGCAGAUCCGCAAUUCACGUAUUUCAGCAUUGAUGAUUCCCGUGCAGCGGGUCCCGAUGAAAAUCGCCCGACAAUUAUUUUGGGUGAAGAUUUGCCCAAGAAAUAUGUCGUUUUGCACAAUUCUUUGCCCUAUGCAAGAACCGAAGUUGUUGAAUUUUUCAUCGCCAAACCUUAUGUGAUCGUCACGAAUGCUGAUGAGUCCAUUACAUAUUCGCAAGUUGCUCCCGUUUGGUCCUGGCAUCGCGGGCAUCACAUUGAUUCGUUAUUACCGCAAGCUUCAACGACCAAAUAUCGCUUGAUGUUCAAAGCUACCGUGCCGCCGCUUGGUUUAGCAGUUUACAUAAUCCACGCGAAAAAUUCCGCCGAAGUCGUUAGCAUGGGAACGACUUUUACGAAAACUGUUAUUUACACGCCGCAACCAUUUUCGGUGCAUACCAUGGAUUACCCAUAUAGCGUGGAGUUUGCGGAUCCGCGUGAUGUUUUGGUCAAACAAGAAGGCGAGGGAAGCGUUUCAGCGGCAUUUAACAAAAAUGGGCUCUUGACGUCGCUCGCAACAGACACGAGUGUUCAAAAUGUCUCAGUUAGCGUGAAUUUCCUGAAAUAUAACACAAGAACCGGAUUACAGCAGAAAAGUGGGGCUUAUUUAUUCUUACCGGGAGGCGAAGCACAACCUAUACCACUUGAUGAUCCCAUUGUCUUAGUCAGCAAAGGUCCUAUAGAGUCAAGUGUUUCGACCAGUUUCUCGUUCGGCAUUCACGACACGAUUUUACGAGACAACAGUGUUGAGAUACGGAACACAAUCGACAUCAAUGGCAUGGAUAACUCGGAAAUCGUGAUGCGUUUAUCGACAAAUAUCGAUAACGAAGAAGUUUUUUACACAGAUUUGAAUGGAUUGUCCUUCGCGAAACGUGAAAGGUUCUCCAAACUGCCGCUGCAAGCGAAUUAUUAUCCAAUUCCGACGGGAAUCAUCAUUGAAGACGAUACUACAAGACUUACACUUUUGACUGCCCAACCGCUGGGCGGAAGUUCAUUAAGCCCAGGCGAACUUGAAAUCAUGCAAGAUCGACGUUUGAACCAAGAUGAUGAUCGCGGGCUUGGUCAAGGAGUUCUCGAUAACCGUCCCGUGAAUCACAUUUUCCGUCUCGUGCUUGAACAACGUGAAAAAUGCCGAAAAUUAGAUGCUUCGUAUCCUGCGGCAUUUUUAACCCCCAACGCCCACAUGGAACGUCAAACACUGUUACAUCCCAUGGAAAAAUUAAUCUUCAACGAGAACGAAUGGAAUGGCAUUCAACCGACUUUUGGACAGAAUCACAAGCCAUUGCAAGAAGGCAUGGAAAUAGUUUCGCUCAAAUCUUUGUCAGCGGAAGCGAAGGGAAUAAUUUUGCAUCGCACACAACUCGAACAAUGCGAAUCGAGUGUCCCGGAUGGCGAUCAUGAGACAAUUAGCUUGAAGAAAGUCCUUGGUGAAGAAUAUCAAAGUAUCUACAAAGCACCGCUGACAUUCGUGAAGAAAUUAUCGCCCGUGACGCUGGAAAAUAUUGAUUUUUGUCCGAUGGAAACAAAAGCUUUCAUCCUAAAUAGAUGAAAACGGCUCUACGUGUUCCGACGACACACGAACAAUAAUUUACACGAAAUUCGAACAAGAAAAAAUUCGAAGAAAAAGCAACAUUAAGAACAAAUUCCAAAGACAUUUAGUGCAGAUUUCUAAAAAAAAAGCAAAAAAUAUCUUUAAAAAUUCCAGAGUUCAAUUUUUUUUUAAAUUUUUAUUUUAACUUUAUACUAACGAGUAUAGAAAAAAAUUUAUGUACAAACUUAUUUAGUUUUCAAUUGUGAUAAAACUAAAAAAAAAUGUUUUAAUUUUUAACAUUAAAAAAAAUAGAACAAAAUUAGAUGCAAUUUUUGUCAUAAUUUUAAAAAAAUAAUUAAAGAUAAUAACUUAAAUGUAGAUAGAAUAAAUAAGAAAUUAUCUCCUAUUUCCUCCUACUAUUUAAAUCUACUUAAAAUAUCACCUUUUGAAAUCACUUUUUUACUUUA